CUGGCAUCACCAGAGACUCUGAUCUCCAACAUGACUUCAACAAGGCCAAGGUCAAUACUCACAGGCGGAGCACACGAUUGAUUUGUCAUUCAAAUCAAGAAAUCAUUGAGGGUCAAGUACCGGUCCGGAGGCCGAUCGCAGAACAAUGACUUCUACAAUACCCGCAUGCGACCUAUGUCACACUAGAAAGGUCAAAUGUGAUCGCCAGGAUCCUUGUAUGAACUGUGUGGAUGCAAAGGCUGAUUGUCUUCGCACACGUCAUGCCAGGGUCCAUCGCCCAAGAGUUUCUCGCCUAGAUGCAUUGGCUGAGAGACUUGCGAAGUUAGAACGGUCUAACACGGCUGAAAUUGUUACAUCUGCAUCGCCUUUAUCAAGCAAUGCGAAUCAUGAUGGUACCUCGACCGUGCCAUCGUCUCCAAGAGCAACUCAUUCCGACCCUGCUAGGCCCUUCUCAUCUGCCAAGAGAAAGUUCUAUACAGCGCCCAUAUCUAGCGAAGCCAGUCCGUCCAAUCAGCAGGACAAAAAGCGUCGAGCCUCGCAGAGUGUUCAUUCCCAAGCUCACGCUGAAAACCAGUCCCCAGAGUCGACUCGUCACGCCAGCGAGGCAAGAGAGUACAUUGAAAACGAGCUGCAAUGCAAUCCAGCUCUUUCUCAGGACAGGCGGACUGCCCUCGAAAUGGCGCGCCGGUUUGUCGGUCAGCUGUCCAACCCGGGCCUGCAUCACCAAGAAACUACUACCUGCGAAGAGCCAGACGUUGAAGAGAAUCUGGCACGACCAAAUCUUACACCAGAAUUGUUGUACAUGAUGUUACCCGGUAAGUGCUCUUUCGGUGAUAUGGAACCCCAAAUACUCACGGUAACAGGGCCUGAUAGAAAAACUAAUUCCCAGGGAACGAUUGUCUGGCCAGACCAUAUCUCCGAUAGAACCCUUGAAAGAAUGGGGUUGGCUAUUAUGGAGCGUAGUGAGAGUGAACAGGUGCUUCGGCUGUAUCGGAUCAGUGUAUGGAUCAAAGCCUUUUCCUGCAUAUCAAAAUUGGCACCUUUGAUAUCUAGCGAGCAUUUGAAAGCGCACUUCAGAAAAUUGAAGAAGCAAUAUGAGGCUGGAGCUAUCGAAGAGCUCAAUUCGAUCCCGUUAACGGCUUCUCCAAGCCUUCCCCUGCUACAGGCUCUCUUGUCAGGCAAACGCCUGAUGCAGUAUCUAGGUAACAUGUCUCGCUGUUGGAUGCUCACAGCACUGACAGCCAAGGUCAUUAUUGCCUUGAACUAUCAUAAUAUAACGGACACCAUGCCCCGGAAUGAAGUGGAAGAAGAAAUACAUGCCUGUGUAUACACAUGUUACUAUUUCGACAAGACCCUCAGCCUGCUUCUCCUUCGGCCACCAUCGUUACCCGAGCUGAAGGUCGAGCCAGCACAGCUGAUUCAUUUGGACCCAGACUUACCUACUACGCCAAUGAUAACUGGUAUUGUCGAGUACGCACGUCUUAAAAAUACCCUGUCGAACAUUCUCCUUCACACCAAAGAAAUGGGCGAUGUCGAAAAAGCCAAUGCCUUGUCUGAUCUUGUUGUCCGUGCCCAGGCAAUCCAUUCCAAUAUGCAAGUGCAUCGAAGCCGCCAGGAAUUGGAGUUUCCUGGCUCCUGGGCAAUCUUAAGCCGCGAAUGGCUGUCUAUGGACUUCAACUACUAUUCCCUUUUAACCACCAUCGUUCGCGCCCGGUCUUCAGUGCUGAAAUCGCGUUUGGUAUGCGAAGACUGCCUAUACGUGGCGCGAAAGGCAUUAAUGACGCUUCGUGCUAUGCAAGAAGCCUUCGCCGGCAAUGCUACCUCGGUGGAUUCAUUUCCAUAUUUUCUUACCUGGACUAUGUUACUGGUUCCCCUUUCACCGUUCUUCGUCCUCUUUUGCAAUGUUAUUGCGACAUCAGACCAUAGAGAUUAUGAAAUGAUAAGGAAGAUUACAGAUGACCUACGUCAGUUCGCCAAAGCAAAUGCUUCCAUCGGCAAACUGUGCGCAUUAUUCGCAAAGUUUCUUGACUUAUGUGCACCGUUGGUCAAGCUCAAUCCUCCUGGUACAAUUGAGCAACCGGAUGCUUCCCAGAACGGAGAUCAUAGCACAGAGCGGCGAUCCCUUGGCGAAUCAAGAUAUUCCUAUCCAGAUGUGCUGCAACAAGAUACGGGCCAUGUUCCCAACACGCUUCCAAGCCCGCAAACCAGCAGUGAGGCUUUUGGUGUGCCAUCCUCCAUGCAGGGAUGGGAUGAUAGUCUGAUAUGGGAGUUGUUUGAUAACCAGCCCUCGCUGGGAUGGGCAGAUUCAGAGUUGUGGAGUGCAAUGACGCAGCUGUAAGUAGACUUCGGUUAGCAGUGUGUGGAUAUCAGUCAAUCCCUCGAUGUGGCCCAGCAUGUAAACAGCUUUGGCUUUGUGAUUGUAUCGGUACGAUUUUAUUUCCAUAGAAAUAGACGAACUUCCCUAUGAAGGGACGUAUAGAG